CCCUGCAGGACCUGGAGCCACAGCAGCUGCUUCUCUUUGUUCAGUCCUUUGGAAUCCCAGUUUCCAGCAUGAGCAAACUUCUGCAGUACCUGGAUCAGGCAGUAUCUCAUGACCCACAGACGCUAGAGCAGAACAUCAUGGACAAAAACUACAUGGCUCACCUUGUGGAGGUUCAACAUGAGAGAGGAGCGACAGGAGGCCAGACUUUCCACUCCCUGCUCACUGCAUCCUUACCAGCCCGCCGAGACAGCACUGAGACUGCAAGGUCAAAAUCUAGUCCCGAGAACUCCCAAGGCCAGAGCCGAAUCCGGACCUUAAGCCAGGUCCGGGUUCUGGGCCCAGAAGAUGAUCUAGCAGGCAUCUUUCUGCAGCUUUUUCCACUAAAUCCAGACCCACGAUGGCAGAAUUCAAACCUGCGCCCGCUUGCCCUGGCGUUACAGCAGGCGCUGGGGCAGGAACUGGCUCGCAUCCGGCAGGGGAACACACAGGUGACCGGGAUCACAGCACGGCUUCUCCAGGCAGUAGCUGCUCUGAUGAACUCGCCACACAGCGGUGCGUUGGUGAUGGCAAUGCAUCGUAACCACUUCAUCUCCUGCCCACUGAUGCGCCAGUUGUACCAAUACCAGCGUUGCAUGCCACAAGACACUGCCUUCUCCUCUCUCUUCUUCAAAGUCCUCAUGCAGAUGCUGCAGUGGUUGGAGAACCCUGCAGUGGAAGAGGGUCCUCUGCGUGCUCAGCUGAAGGCCUUUGCUGUGCAGUACUCAUCAAGGCACAGGAUCAGUGACGUUCGAGGUGGCUUCUUGCACCUCACAGAAGCUCUGACUUUCCGUCGUGACCCUGACUUGAUCAGCUCCACGGUACGUGCCAUCAUUGCAACCCUGAAAUCAGGAGAGAAGUGCAAUGUGGAGCCGGAGCUCAUCAGCAAAGUCCUUCAAGGUCUGAUUGAAACUCACUCUCCGUACUUGGAGGAACUCCUGACUGUCCUCUUCUCAGCUACUGUUGAGACCACUGCCAGGUUUCCUGCAAUGAAACCAAUUGCUGUGGUGAGCUCCUUGUUGCUCCAGGACAAAGAAGAAACACCAGUGAAGAAGGAGCUGGACAGUUCCAGUACUGAAGCAGCUUGGCUAGGGCCCUCCUCUGGUCUUCUUAAUGACUGGCUGGAGAUGUUGGACCCAGAGGUGAUCAGCAGCUGCCCUGAUCUCCAGCAGAAGCUACUGUUCUCCUGGAACAAAGCAGGGUCCCAGGUGCCCUCCUUCCACCCAUAUCUCUUGGCUCUUCUCACUCACCAGUCCAGCUGGACCACUCUGCACCAGUGCAUCAGGCUUCUGCUUUGCAGAAACCGGGAGCAAAGGUUUGAUCCAACUGCAUCCUUGGAUUUCUUGUGGGCCUGUAUUCACAUUCCUCGCAUCUGGCAGGGAAGGGACCAAAGAACUCCUCAGAAGCGCCGUGAGGAAUUUGUGCUCCACCUAAAGGCAUCAGAAUUGAUCAGCAUGGUGGAGCUGAUCCUGGCUGAAGCAGAAACCAGAUACCAGAACACAGAAGAGGCUUCCUGCACACUCAUCCAGUCUCGACUGCCUUUGUUGCUCAGUUGUUCUCAUGGGGACCUUGAGAACAUCAAAAAAGUAACGGAGUAUCUGACCAGCUGCAUACAGCAGUGGGGAAGCAGCUCUGUGGGAAAAUGCUGCCAGGACCUUCUGCUUCAGAUAUACCUGCAACUACCCGAGCUCCUUGUGCCUAUGCCUGAGAUGCUUCUCACUAGUGAAGGAGCCAGAGACAGCAGCACUUGCAAGCUCGAUGCCCUGGUUCACAGAUUCAUUAACCUCCUUGCAGACACCAGUGACUCCAAGUCAUCAGAAAGCCGCGUGUGGGAUGCCAAUAUGGCCUGCAGGAAGCUAGCUGUGGCUCAUCCCAUCCUACUUCUUAGGCACUUGCCAAUGAUUGCAGCACUGCUGCACGGCCGUGUUCACCUCAAUUUCCAGGAGUUCAGGCAGCAGAACCACUUGACCUUCUUCAUCCACGUCCUGGGGAUCCUGGAGCUGCUCCAGCCGCAGGUCUUCCAGAACGAGCACCAGGCGGCACUAUGGGACUGUCUCCUGUCCUUCAUCCGUCUGCUGCUGAACUACAGAAAAUCGUCGCGGCACCUGGCUGCCUUCAUCAGCAAGUUUGUCCAGUUUAUCCACAAGUACAUCACAUGCAAUGCCCAGGCAGCUGUCUCCUUCUUGCAGAAGCACUCGGACCCACUCCAUGACUUAUCAUCAGACAACAGUGACCUAGCAAUGUUGAAGUCCCUCCUGGCUGGGCUGAGUCUGCCUAGUAAGAGUGGCAUCUUGGACAGGGGCUCUGAUGAAGAGAAGGAUGAUGAAGCAGCAGCUGGCUCUCUCCCCCUUGUCAGCAUGUCCCUUUUCACUCCUCUCACGCCAGCUGAAAUGGCCCCAUAUAUGAAGAGGCUGUCUAGAGGCCAGACAGUUGAGGACAUCCUGGAGGUGCUGACAGACAUUGAUGAGAUGUCCAGACGGAGGCCAGAAAUUCUCUCCUUUUUUGCUACAAACCUACAGAAGCUGAUGAGUUCAUCAGAGGAGUCAUGCCGAAAUCUGGCCUUUAGCCUGGCUUUGCGCUCCAUUCAGAACAACCCCAGCAUUGCUGCAGACUUCCUUCCCACCUUCAUGUACUGCCUUGGCAGCCGAGACUUUGAGGUGGUUCAGACAGCACUGAGGAACCUGCCUGAAUACACCCUCCUUUGCCAAGAGCAUGCAGCAGUGUUACUGCACAGAGCCUUCCUAGUGGGGAUGUACGGCCAGAUCGACACCAGCUCUCAGAUUUCAGAGGCCUUGAAGGUUCUGCACAUGGAGGCCAUGAUAUGAACUUGUGGUUCUGGGAGCUCCACUUCCAGAGGAAUUAAUUUAACUGGACUCAUCAGCUGCAUUGAAGCCCUGUAAGAAGACAGUGUAUUUCAACCCAUGUGCUGGAGGAUCAAAGAGGUGAUGGAGCAGGCCAGACUGUGCUGGAAAAGGAGUGUGCUGACUGAAGAUCAGGAAGGGGCAAUGAUCGAUCUGUCUGGCUAAGACACCAUUAUUAUGAAAAAUCUCCUGAACAUUGUGUCAAACAGGGACCACUUCCUUCGUGGGGUCUUGGGGCAGUGGCUGUCAGUUUGUUGUUUGGUUUUUUUGUCUCUCCAAGAAGGCAGAGCUACUGGGAGAGCAGAAGGGAGCGCUGGCCCUUGCAUUUGAAGUGUCUGCACUCUCUGUGUUGGAGGAAACAUGCAGAUCUGUGCAGGGGGAGAGACCACUUUGUUUUCUUGGGGGCAGGUGGGGUUUUUUCUUUUUUAAUUAAAAUUCUCUUUGUUUCCA